UCUCUAUGGUAUAUUUCACAAGUAUUAUGCAACUCAAUGGUUCGGCUUUCCCUUAUCACAUGUUGGCACAGUUAAUAUUUAAUAAGGCAAUAACGCUACGAAGAUUUGUUCUGUUGCAGACAGUCGAAGCAUAGACAAUCUACACUUUGUUCUUAUGUUUACAGCGAAAGAAUGGCCGCUACGCGUGCAGCUAAACAAGCGCUUAGAAAAGAAAUAAAGCGACGGGUUGCAUUAUUAAGUGAACAGGAGAAACACCGACAGUCUUUAAUUGUUUGCCAAAAGCUCAUCAGACAUCCAAAGUAUGUGGCUGCCAAACGUAUUGCUGUGUUUCUCAGCAUGAAUGACGAAGUUUGCACCGAGGAAAUCAUCAAAAAUAUUUUCAAAGUGGGUAAAAGCUGCUUCAUUCCCAGAUAUGAGCACAGCAGCAACCACAUGGACAUGCUGAAACUCAAUAGCAUAGAGGACAUGGCCACACUACCCAAGACAUCUUGGAAUAUCCUGCAGCCUGCUGAAGAUGACGGGAGCAGAGAAGAAGCAUUGUCUGCAGGGGGUCUGGAUCUCAUCUUAAUGCCAGGUCUGGGGUUUGACCUGUCAGGGAAGCGUCUGGGUAGAGGAAAGGGUUUCUACGACACCUAUCUGGAGCGCUGCUUUCAGCAUCCCAAAGGGAAGCCCCACACCAUCGCAUUGGCCUACAAAGAGCAAUUGUGUCAGGACAUUCCAGUUGACGACAACGAUGUGCUUAUUGAUGAAGUCCUUUAUGAAGAUGAACAGUAAGCUUUAUUGGUAAUUAACACUGCUCAGCACCCAGUUUUAAUUUUGUGUAAGUUAAUGACCAAAUCAUUAAA